GCCUUAGAAAUAAUUACGAGCCUCUGGGCUGAUGAGGCUCGGACCGGCACAAAUUUCAUUCCCCACAGGAUUCGCGAUCAGAAAAUUUCAGACGUAGUGAACAAAAUAUCAAUGGAUCGAUAGAGCAGAAAAGCGAGCUAAAAGAACCCAAAAUUUUCAAAUCAAAAUCUAAACAGAAUGUUUAAAUCUCAGUUAAAUUUAUCGUUUCUAUUUCUUCAAUUUCUUGUCCUCCAAUUUUCAUCAACAGUUUCAGCGAUCAGGGAUAAUAUUGGCUUUCGAGAGAAAACCUUGUGUAGAACCACUGUUCAAGGAAGAUAUUUAUUGUCUGAUGAUAACGGAUAUGUAUGUGAUGCUCUAUCAGUGGAUCCGCAGUCUCGCUGCUGUCCUGUGAAAGGAGAGAAAUUCUCUUGUCAGGGAUGCAAUCUUCUUUCACAGUGUUGCAACUCUUAUGAAUUUUGUGUUUCAUGCUGUGUUAAUCCUGCACGAACACAAAAAGAGCAAGUGCUGAAGAUGAAGAUAGCUAAGCCUGCAACUGCUGGAAAUUUUCAAAGUGUUUUUGAUUUUUGUGCUGGGAGGUGUCGUCAUAACUCUGAGAGUGUGGUUCAUGAAAAUGCUUAUCUUAGUGAUUUUCAUCAUUGCUUUUCACUGCAGUCAAAUUCUUCAGGGCCUGGUGUAACCCAGCUAGAAACCAGGCUGAAUGGAAUUAAUGUUUUUAUCGGAAGGCAAGGUGAUUCUUGUGAUUCAGUAUGCAAAUCAAAAGGACAGUCUUGUGUGGUAAAUAAGCUUCUGUUACUUAAUCAAUGUGAUAUUAUCCAAAAGUAUUUCAGUUGCAAAGGAGGAUGUUUGGCAAGCAUGGGAGCAGAUCAACCUGCUGAAGUAGAUUUUGAUGAUCCCCCAGCCCUUUAUCCCACAGCAUGCUUGUACACUCGAACACAAGCAAUGCUUUCUUGUGAUGGUUCACAUCGACAUACAAGGAGACUUUGCCCCUGCGCAUAGUGCAUU